CUCAUUAACAUCCGUGCAAUCGUUAGAAGUGCAUCGAAACGAAAGUAUUUCGCCCAUUGUUGUCGCGCUUGUGUUCCGUCGAGUGCGGUUUGUGUGUGUGUGUGAAUCGAAAAUAAAGAAAGAGCACCAAAGAAAUCCUGCAAAAAGAAAAAUUAAUUGUGGAGCUGUUGCAUGGCAGCGAGUUUUAUUUGUAUUCACAUUCAUCUGCCAGCGAUUCAACAUGUUCCUGGGACGCAGUGAAUCACUGAAAUGGAUACGUCAAAAAUUCACAAAACGGAACAACAACAGCAACAACACAACGGCGCCUAUCGAACAUACCCCCGCCAAAAUAUCGAAAACAAAUAACGAAAUUAGUGAUAAUAUACGAGAUUUAAAUGAGAUUUUAGUUGUUACCCAUCCAACACGAGCAGCAACUGCAACAAAGAUAAAACCCCCACGACCUUCCACAGAAUCUUCUACAGCUGCGGCUGCUAGUGCUGCUAACAAUUUGCCAGCAGCAAUAAUUUACGGUAAUGACUCUGAUUCAGCAGCAACAACAAAUAUGGCCAAGUCCAAACAGAGCGCACCAAUUGCUUGCGAAGAAGAUGAUUGUGAUGAACUGGAAGAAGCCACGAAUGAAUGGCUAAUUGAUAACGAGACCAAAGAACAUCCAAACGACGAUAAGUCUGGUGAAGAGGAGGACGUAGAUGGAGUUGUUGAUGAUGAUGUAAAAAGAAACCAAACCACCAGCACCGCCACAAUCAUUGAUGAUGAUACCGAGCAACACCAGCAGCCAGUGGCUGAGCGAGGACAACAACUACAGCCAAUUGGAGAAUUGCUGGCGAUCAACGAGACUGUCGUGCGUCGUAGCAAAUCAUCGCGUGUUCGUAAUUAUUUGAGAAAAUGUAAAGAUCGCUGGCUCGCAGUGGGCACUGGUGGUCAUAACAAUGCUAAUGCGGAACCCAGUAUGAGUGCCGAAGCCGCCGCCGCCAACACCAGCAACCUGGAGCACAACGACGAUUCGCCAGCAACAACGGCAACAACAAUGUCCGAUGCUGUCAUCAUGAAUGAGUCAAAUGUCAGCAAACGAGAGCGCUGCAGGCCACAACUGGUAACGGUGGAUUCCUCUAACUCCAACUCAAUGGUGGCAACAUUAGGUGGCAAUGCCUAUGCUGGAGCGGAAAAUCCCGAUAAUGAUGGCAGUCGUCAUCGCCGUCGUUAUACAAAUUGUGCCCUUGGGUGUGUUGAGGAAAUGGAAGACGAUGUCGAUGCCGAUGCUGAUUCCUAUGAAGAUAUUGACUUUGGUUUGGUGGGCUAUGAUGCGAUUGAUACCACGAGUUCCAGCACCAUCACCACCGCCACCGUCGUCACAGAUUCCACACAAAGUGACACAGCACCGGGCAAUAGAAUACUGCCAGCCAAAGCAUCGCGGCCAAGUCAGGAGAAAUCCAUGCAAUUGGCCCAACGCCCCGGAGAAGGUCACGACAACGGCGAUAAUGACAACUGUGACGAUAAUGGCGAUGAUCCUGCUGAUAUCCGGACUGAUGUGAAUCUGAAGGGAUUUGAUGAACAACAAUUAGUAGUUGAUUCUGGGCAAAUGGAAUCUCGAUUGGCCGCUUUGAUUGACGAUCUACUUGCCAGUAUUUAUCCCAUCUCGAACCGAACAACACGUGCAGUUUUGAUACGUGAGGCACGUGACGUCCUCUUGACGACCUAUCACGGCUGUUUAACAACAUUUCAACAACAAUUUCUAUGUAAAUUUGUCGAAAUUGCUGGCAUCCUAAAGGAGAGGCAUCGCAUCGGUGAGGCUUUAAUUUGGUGUCAAGGAUGGCCUCUAGUAACACCUAUUGGCGAAGUUAUACUUCAUUUGGGGGGCCUUGAUGACAGGCACCUGAAACCCGCCGAGAUUUAUUUGUGUGUUAAACCAGGUGAAAAUAAGUCCGAACCAAAACUGUAUGCCAUUUGGCGUACACCAAUUCUAAAUUGCAUCGACAAAACCCGAACAAUAUCAACAACAGCUACCACCUCAUCGUCGCCGGCGUCAAUCGUUACGACAAACUCCCCCCAUUCAUUUGAAGGAGAUUCAACCCUCAAGAUUGUUGCUCUCGAUCCAUAUGACAGUUCUCUGUACCUGAGCCCCAUAGCACUCGAAAUGUUAAGUGACGAUUUGCCGCAACUUCUGCAGAGCCUCCUAAUCGGUGUUGAGCACAGCAUAGAGCGUCUGUCGCUCAAUCAGCUCUCGGCACCGUACAACCAAAAUGUUGACUCGGAGCAAAAACAACAAACUCUGGCGAAUAAAGCGCUCGCAGAUCAAAAGAAUAACAAUGCGCCGCCCGGUUCUCCAAAAUGUAUUCUGCGGCGCAGCGAGUUGAUAACCAAAAACAAUAAAUUGCACAACAACAAAUAUAUGUUGCGUCGUUUCACCAAUCGUCAGGAUAGCAUGAAUUCGACAUCGUCUGGUAACAGCAGUGCCAGUGGUCUAAGUACUGCCUCCAGCAGCUCCAGCAAUUCGUCCUAUACGAAGGGACAUUUGAAUCAUGGAAAUCAUGGCAGCAGCAACAACAACAACAAUAACAACCACAGUGUUUGUAAUGGUCACAAAAACAACAACAAUAAUAAAAAAUGUGAAACUGAUAACCAGCCGAACGACUCGAAUACAUCACCUGCCCUGCCCAGAUUCUGUUUGGGGAAAUCAUUUCCCCACAUUGACAGUGACGAGGAGAAUGCCGAGGAGCGGCGUAACUCGUUGACAGAUGAUCUUUUGGAAAGUGAAAUUAUAGCGCCAAAUUUAAUUACCGAUCUGCCUGAAAAGUUGCUUUUAUCUGGCAUCUAUUUACCUGGAAUUCGUGAUUUAAAAGGAAAUCCGUUGGUUACAGUUGAUGCUGAAAGUGUCCUGGCUGCUGGUCUUAAUUGUUAUGAGAUUGCAACUCUACUUUUGUACUACAGUACCAUACCGGAAAGUUCUGGCCAUAAAACUGCUAAAGCUGAACAAUCCACUUCGGCAACACCAUCCACAGCAGGCACCGCAUCGCAAUCCUCGUCGUUGUCGCCUUUAACAUCACCACCAGCAACGGCAGCAUCAGCCACAACCACAACAUCAUCCACAUCAAGCGCCACUACAUCAACCUCAACAUGUACCUCCUUAAAUGACAACAAAAUGCCGCCAGAGCAACAGCGGCGUCAAACCGAACAACUUGCAAAACAACAGCAGCAACAGCCUCAACAGCAGCAGGGUCUUGUAACAUUUACGAUUUUAAUUGCCAUCGAAAAGUCGCAACACCUGUGCGUAAUCGAUUUAAUUAGCCAAAGUUUGAGACUCCUUACACGACACAUUGCUCACUGCCAUAUAUUGGCGGUUUGUCUCGAUACGGGUCUAAUCCAAUCGCCGAAAAUCGAAAAUAGCAACGACGUUGCAGUGAACGCUAACAAAGCUGCUGCAGCCGUUGCUACAAAUGAUGACGUAAAAACGUCUGACAUUAAGAGUGACAAAACGUCAGCUACGACGGAUACAAAUGGCAAUUGGCGAUGUCAAAAGGAAAACACUGACACACAUACAGCGGUUACCUACAUUGGCGUCGAUGAAGUUGCGGCACAUGUGUCCGGCGCUGACAUACCCAGCGGACGGUUGGGGGGUUCGCAUCAGCAUGACGCACGAAAAUGGCGUGAAUUUUUCGUUCACUACGAACCGUUCUAUCAGCAGUGCACGGGUGCAGCCCAACGUCUGGUGGCAGCCUUAAAUGAUAUUCGCCUGGCCGACCUGCAAGGUCUGCCAACCAGGCGUCAGUUGUAUGCCCAACAUCGGGCGCUGAGUCGUGCCCUGAUGGAUUCUGAAUUGCAUAAUUUGCGCAAGCGUAGUGCGACGACAAUGGCACGUCUACAGGAAUUGGCCAAAAGUAUCAAUAAUAAUUGCAAUAACAACAACAAUUACAACAACGCUGCCAAUAAACUCAACAGUUAUUGCAGCCUGAAGAAUAAGGGAAACCUGGUUGGCACCUAUUAUGGAACGGCCAGCAGCGGUGGUACCCUGAAUCGCAAUAAACUCAUGUUUAGUACAAGCAGUAGUUAUAGCUUUAAUUAUCAAGGCAACCAAAAUAAUAACAAAAACAACAACAACAACAAUUCGAUUAGUCACAAUGUUGCAGGAAUAGCAAGUGCCGCAACAACAGCCAUUACCAAAUCAUUACAGCCAAUAUCAUCUUCAUCAUCGUCAUCCUCCACAGCAAAUCCCAAGUCCUGCAUUUAUACAGCAGCAGCAUCGUCCAUUAACCCAUCAGCUAGUCGUUUAAGCGCCACAACUGCCAACACCAACACCACCAUAAGCGGACUCAAUUAUUGCGUUGGCGGUGCCACCACCACCGCCAGUGGUCCAUCUCAACUCAAUAGCGAUGUUGCAAUCCGUCUACAGAAGGUAACACUGCUGUUCAAUGAAAUUGAUCGUGCCGCCAAACGAUUGGAACAGCUCACGGAACAACGUCGCGAACAUUUGCGCGAACUGACACGGCAACGUGCUCUUGAAGAUGAAAUUAAUGAGGUAACAUCAUGGAUAACCAACGAUGGCAGUGAAUGUUUACAACGCUUCAUUAACAUGGAAUUGGAUUGGGAUACACCGAUGAAGGAACGUGAACAGGAAUUUGAAAAAUAUUACUUUAUAUCGAUGAAAAAUUUGGCCAAAGGUCGCGAUUUACAUGUUGCGGCCGCCAAUAUGGAUCCAUUACAAGAAAGUGCCUUACAUCUACGCCAGGCCUUGGAUAGCUUUGCUGAGAAAUUAGAAUCGGCCCGUGAACGCAUAGAAGGAUUUACACGUCUCCAUCAGCUAUUAAAUCAAAGUAAUCAAGAUGAAAAUUCCCAACUGGAAAUGGAACGACUGGUGGAAAAAUAUGGUGUUAAAGGUCUGCUCGAGAAAUAUCGUGACAAGGGAAAACGUAAACCGGAAACCUUAAAUUUAAGUCAUAACAAUAAUCACCAUAGCCUAGAUAGAACCCCAAAUAUUAUGCUGUCGUCACAAAUGAUAAGCAGUACACCGGAUCAGCAACAGAAAACACGGUUAUUAUGCCACAGAUCAAGUAGUUAUGGUACCGGUUCAUAUGAGAGUCCCAGCGCUUGUCAAUGCUGGCGUGACAGUCGAAAUCUAGACUAUAUGGAAGAUGACCUAAUGGAUAAUGACGAAGAAGAGGGACGCUCGAAAAUAGCCGACUCGGGCGUUGGCGAGUGUCAACGUUGUGAGGGGAAUCCGAAAUUAACGCGAAUAUGUUCAUGCCAAAGUCUGAAUGAAGAAUCUGAACAUUUAUAUAAAAAACAUGAUGAACUCGAUGAUGAAUGCUUCGAGCAGCCAUCUAAAUGCUAUAUGAAUAUACACUCACCACUGGAGGCAAAUAAACAUUUGCAAUGUUUUGCCUCCACUUUUGAAUUGCCAAAAUUAGAAGAACUGAGUUGCUUAGAUCCCAAAAUACAAAAAACGCUCCUCUUGAUCAUGCGCGAAAUGAUUGGCACGGAACGUGAUUAUGUACGUUCACUUUACUAUGUCAUUGAGAAUUAUAUCGAUGAAUUGUUACGUGAUGAUAUUCCACAAUCGUUACGCGGGCAACGUAAUGUAAUCUUUGGAAAUAUUGAGAAAAUAUUUGAAUUCCAUAAUAAUCAUUUCCUUGCCGAAUUGGAACGUUACGAGAAUAAUCCUCUGAAAGUUGGUGCUGCCUUCCUGCAAAUGGAAUCAAAAUUCUAUUUAUAUGCACUCUAUAAUAAAAACAAACCAAAAAGUGAUGCCCUUAUGAGUGAAUACGGAACGACGUUUUUUAAGUCGAAACAAAUUGAAUUAAAUGAUAAAAUGGAUUUGGCCUCGUAUCUAUUAAAGCCCGUGCAACGCAUGGGAAAAUAUGCUCUUCUACUGCAGCAAUUGGUUAAGGCCUGCAGCAACGUGGAGGGCCCUGCACUUCAGGAGAUAGCUGCCGACGUUGAAGAGCUUCAGAAAGCCGAAGAAAUGGUCAAAUUUCAAUUAAGGCAUGGAAAUGAUCUACUUGCCAUGGACUCAUUACGUGACUGUGAUGUCAAUCUCAAAGAACAGGGUCGUCUGUUAAGACAAAAUGAAUUUCUAGUAUGGCAGGGACGAGGUGGUAAGAAAACUCUGAGACAUAUAUUUCUAUUCGAAGAAUUGGUAUUAUUCAGUAAAUCUCGAAGAUUUCCCGACCAUAAGAAUCUUGAUAUAUAUAUUUACAAGAAUAGUAUUAAGACUUCGGAUAUUGGUUUAACAGCCCAUGUGGGUGAUUCGCCAACCAAAUUUGAAAUUUGGUUUAGAAAACGUAAACCCGAAGAUACAUGGACCUUACAGUGCAUGUCAGAGGAUAUAAAGAAUGCAUGGACUGAAGAGAUUUCAAAACUAUUAUGGACCCAAGCGAAAAGAAAUCGAGAAAUUCGCCUUGCUGAGAUGUCUUCGAUGGGUAUUGGUAGUAAACCAUGUCUGGACAUACGACCCAGUAACAAUCAAAUAAAUGACAGAUCGAUUACCAUCAGUCAAUUGGGUAAAGCCCCAAAAUUACGUCACUCAUUUGUGGGCCUCAAUACGGAUCAAAUGAAGACAUCGCGUCGACCUACAUCCCUAAUAUCGGAAAGUUCUUUGUCAAGUGGUACCAGCAGUUCGUCAUUGAGUAAAUCAUCCACCACAUCAUCGAACUCCUCAGUUCACAAUACCUCUCAUCAUUAUCAGCCUGGUAUAGGUUUGGAACUGAUUAAUGAAUCUCAGACUUUGGAUCAACAUGAGAAUAACAAAUCCUCAAAUCACCAUCACCACAGUGUUUGCCAUAGCCAUGGUACGGGUACCAGAAUUCGGAAUAAUCACAAACGUUCAACCACCAUUGUCAGCCAACUAUCUAUGGAAAGUGGUAUUUUGUCUGAUAUAUGCAUGACACCCGAUCAGGAUAAUAAUGAUUUAAUAACAACCUGGACAUCAAAUCCAACAGAUGCCAUACUCGUUUCACCGGUGGGCAACAAUAAUGGCGGUAAUAAAUUCCUUCUCAAAUGCCAUACAUUUACAAUGAAUAGAAAAAACGAACAACAGUUGCAGCAUUUAAAGGAUUCUAAGCAUGGAGAUUGUAAUGAUCAAGAAUCGUAAAAGCCGCAAACAACAUUAACAGUGUUGAACUUUUAUUUAAGCCAUCAAUUUCUAUACACAAACAAGAUUUACAACACGGUGCUAUAAAAGCAAAAUUCAGUUUAUAAAUAAAAAUUUUGAAAGUAAAUGCAUU